AAAGAAGUUGUGGUUACCCUUCAACAAAGUCGCAAUCGCUGCAAGAUAUCCUUGCUUUUAUAGAGAAAGCUGCCUAGCACAGUACUGGUAGUAACUUUUCAAGUAUGCCUGUGGUUGGCCGAAGGCAGAAGCACGCAAAGGGUAGCCAAGGGGGGUCCACCGCCGCCAACAGUGGCAGCAGAUCAUCAUCGGCACUCAACUUGGGAUCGUGGCUGCCGAUAAACAAGGAUAGAAAACAUCCCCCAGGACAACACAGACAGUCCCCUCCAUGAGCUGCCUCCGGAUGUUCGCCAAAAGGUAUACAGCUUUCUGACAGAACAAGAUCUGAGUCUCCUCUGCCAAGUGUGUGUCCGAUUCGAUUCGACCAAGAAUGCAGCCCCGAAAAGACCAAGGCAAGGUUUCUGCGCUAUCAACAAGAAGCCGAGGAAUGGGAGGCGUAUACCCAAUAUGAUCCUCACCACCACCAAGACGAAGAAUCCUUCCCGUUCUGUAUGCCAUCGCAAAAGUAUUCCGACGAUUAUGCCACGCUCUAUGCCCAUGCCAUCAAGAAUCCAGUUCGAGCUCAUUCUCAUGACUUUUUUCUUCGACUGGCCAAUCGAGAAACCAAGCAAGUGGUUCUCGAAGGGUUCUACUCUAUUCAAAAAAGUCGCAAAAAGAGGAAUGUCGUUUUCAUUGAUUUGAAGGAUCAUCCAAUAGAGUACGAACCAAUACGACAAUCCAUCGAAACGUCCAAGUUGACCAUCACCAUCCUUUCGUAUCUUGCGGAGGGGCCGAGGCUAGUGCACUGCAGCAAGAUGCUACAAUCAUCAUAUGUUGACGUUGGAAUAGUAGGGCCCCAUUGGCGCUCUUGCUUCCAGGAGAUCCUGCCAUAUCAACGCUUGUGGGAUAUUUACAAUCAAUUCAUCUACUGCACUCUCUAUGCCCGAGUAGACGAGGAAUCUUGUUCCCUGAAACUCCAACAGCUGAGAAUUGACUUUGGUAUUCGUGACCAUCGAUCAACCGGACCCUAUGGAGAGUCCGACGAGUACAACGAAUCCGACGCCAGCGGUGAUCAUUGGGAUUGGCAACGAACCGAGGAGGAACAAGAGUUUACAAGCCUACAAAACACACUCGACCAGAAUGCCGAGCGUCAACGACACCGUCGCGAUGAGGCUGCCAGGAAUCGGCACAAGCCCCGCCGCCCCUUUCGCCAAACUCGAUGGCGUACCACAGCAAGGAAGCGGUGACAUGGAGACAUGUAUGUGAUACCGCUGACGGUGAUGACUCCAUGGCUGGAAAGGUCCGGUUUUGGCAUGGAGAUCCUCUUGUACCGCAUGGUGCCAAGAUCUACAUGUAUUUGGUACCGCACGGUACCGGUACGUGGUACCUUUGCCGGUCAUGCACCAAAGCGAAGCUUGAGCGUACUGUACCGGUUCGUUGUGGUUGUCUGGCCGGCAAAUUUGGCCGCUACAUGUAUGAUGCCUGACCUAGAGUAUGCAUUUCACUCUCGGGUCAAGUCACUCGAGUCGCUUUUAGCUUGGUACAUCGCUACCACGUGUAGGAGGAAGUGUCAC